AUGGAGAGCCUUUUUGAAACCACAACCACUGCCUUACUGGCACGGUGCCCCGAGGACAUAAACUUCUCCUGGGCAGAAGGUAAAAGAACAAAGUGUGGUCUCUUCCUGCCAAAAGUUUUCUCAACACCUGGCAUAUUGGAGAAGCUCCUACAGAAUAAAUUCAUUGUGAUGUCUUAUACAGAAGCAAUAUAUGUCCUAAAAAAGUCAGAGUGCCUGUUCCAGUAUAAUCCUGAGUGGGGCUGUGAUUUACAAACAGAACAUGAGAAAUAUUUGGUUAAGCACUGCGGAGAGAUUCCUGUGUUCUUAAUCAACUAUCCGCUGGAGCUCAAGCCUUUCUACGCACAAGAUAAUGAAGAUGGACCCCAGCAGACAGCUGCUGCGGUGGAUCUUCUUGUGCCAGGGAUAGGAGAACUGUUUGGAGGGAGCCUGAGGGAGGAGCGGCCUUACAUUCUGCAGCAACGACUUGACAUAUUUUUCUGCCUGGAGGGUGAUGAUCCAUCGUGCGAUGCUCGAUUUCUCCUCCUGGCCUUUCUUUAGGAGAUAGCCAGGGAGGAGU